AUAUAUAUAUAUAUAUACAAGGCUGUUGUGCUUAUGCAUGCGUGUGCUGGUUGUGGACGUCCACCACUGCCAGGGGAACCCGUGUCACAACACUGCACACCAGCAGCUCGAGGCCAGAGAGGAAUACCUCAUAAAUCUAUAGGCCCAUGCUAGUUUUCACCCUAGUGAGAAAAAGGGAGGACAGAGGAGAGAAGAGGAGGGAGAGAGGACUGCGACCAGGAGAAAUCCAAAAAACACAAGACACAAGAGUCUUCCAUUAAAACAGGAGGCUGAAGGUUCAACCGCCAUGCAUCACAUCGCUCGUGGAGGAAGUGAGCCGUCAGCAUGGAUCGUUUGGAUAAAGACAAAGGUCUCAGAAGACUAGACGAAGUUUGACUUAGUCCAAAACAUGGGAAAGUGGAUUUUUUUUCUCUCAUGUAUUAAAGGUGACAUCAUGACUCCCUGUAAGGAGGCUCUCCGCGGAAAUGUCACCGGCUGAAGUCUCUCGAUCAAGCACGCCUCGGCUCUGUGGGAGUUUUCUAUCAGAGAUUUUGGAAGUUGAAAGGCAGCGUCCUGACUCACCGUGCCACUCUGCUGCUCCCAAAUGACCCUUGACAGAUCCACUUCAGCCUGAGGACCAACAGAGAAAUCCCUGUACUCUGAUACUAAGAGUGUCUCUCACGUCUGAGGCUUCAUGGACGGUGAAAAUCUUUGCCGGAGGCUUUUUUACGCUGUUAACUUUGGAGAAAUAUGGGAUCACGGCUGUGUGGAGGACCUUUUUUGGGGGGGUGAGAGCUGCAAGCUGAAGGCAGCCACGCAGUAACGGAAGCUGCUGACCAUGUCAGAGACGUGCUGACAUCUUCUUUGUGGAUUAAUACAGUUGUUUUGGUCAUCUCUGCCUCUCACCGAUGAUAUAUCUUGGAUUUAGCUCCACCAGUGUACAGGUUUUAACAAUUCUUGCACAGGGAGAAAUGUUUGUUUUCACCUGGACUGUGCUGCAUAUGUUUCUAAAAAUGACUUUCUGUACAACUUAAAUCUGUGUGUCACCUCACUGUUUGACUUUGAAAGCUUUUUCCAGUUAAACUAAGAGCCAACGGCCAUAAAUCUCUCUUUUACUCGACUCUUGAGCAUUAGAGCCUGACCUCUGACCUCUGAUCUGUAAACCUGCAAUGAACUGCACUCCUAAUGCCACCAUCACUCCACAGCUGGGACUUGUCCUGAGCCCAGGAGCUGAAGAUGGAGGAUCCCAGGAAAGUGGUGGUGGUGGAGGCAGCGGUGGCCUCUGGGUGACGUCCCUGCUCGGCGCCACGCUGAUGAUCAUGUGUGCCAUGGGCGUGGCAGGCAACACGUACACACUCAUUGUUACGCGCUCGGCUGCUUUGCGGCGCACGGGUUCCAUGUACGUCUACAUCAUCAACCUGGCUCUGGCUGACCUGCUCUACCUCUCCACCAUCCCCUUCGUGGUCUGCACCUACUUCGCCCACGACUGGCUGUUUGGCGAGGCCGGCUGUCGCAUCCUCCUGAGUCUCGACCUCCUCACCAUGCAUUCCAGUGUCUUCAUUCUGGUCGCCAUGAGCCUUGAACGCUACCGUGCCGUUGCUAGGCCCUUCAGCGCACACAGGUCAUCAUCCCGCAGACGACGGUUAGUGGCGGGGAUUAUCUGGGGGAUAGCAUUCGUGCUAACUCUUCCCAUGAUGGUGAUGAUCAGACUCAGGGUAGGCAAACCAACCGCGGCUGGUUUGGUUAAGAGGAUCUGCUUCCCCACCUGGACCCCCGAGGCCUUUAAGGCAUAUAUCACUGUCCUGUUUCUUACAAGUGUUUUAGUUCCUGGACUGGUGAUUGUGGGGCUGUAUGUGGGGCUCGCCAGGCGCUACUGGACAGCGCAGGCUAGCCUAGGAGGAAGCAGCCGCUCUGCCCGACGGCGAGGACUCAAACAAAAGGUCAUAUCGAUGAUCUUUAGCAUCGUGGUGGCCUACUGGGCGUGUUUCUUGCCUUUCUGGGGGUGGCAGCUAGCCAAACUGUUCUCUCCUGAGUCCCUCAAAGCUUUGUCUCCCGCUGCUCAUAAUUACGUCAACUUCUUUGUCACGUGUCUAACCUAUGGGAACAGCUGCAUCAAUCCAUUUCUUUACACUCUUCUGACCCGGAACUAUAAAGACUACUUGGCGCAGAAAGGUCAGUCCGUGGGUUCAAGCAGGGCUGACCCCGGGUCAGUAAUGACGACGCCACUGCAGGACCUUUAGCGGGAUGAAACAAUCACUCGAGCACACUAGAACGAAAGAACGUUAGUAAAACCCUCAUCAGUCUGAGGGAGGACUUUUUGUUUAGUAAUUUUGUAAAAAAAAAAAAAAAUAUCCUUUUUGUGAGAGACUUGUUGUUUGAAGUAGCACUUUCUACAAACUUGCAGUGUGAUGUUUCACAUUUCCAGCUCAUUUAUCAGACCUGCUGAGGAUUCAGAGUAAUUGAGAACAGCAGGUGGGUGUUUGAAAACAUGGAAGUGAUUAGCAUUUGCACAUCUUCUGGGAGGAGGGAAAACAGAGCUUAGUUUAUUCGAUUUGUGUUCUGAAUUGUGUAUUCUAACUUUAAUCCCUGCAUGUUAAAACCUGUCAGUUCUGCCUGUUUGACAAUCUCCAGUUCUACUCUCUUGACAAAUACACAUUUGAUGGGCUCUUUUAUUGACAUCUGGGCUAUUUUCCAAGUAAAAAAAAUAAAAUAAAAUUUACAUUGGCAAAGCUACAAAAUGGGACUUUUGGAAGAAACACUAUUCACAAGAACUCACCAAAGCGAACAGUUGCUGUAGAAAGGAAACUAAUAGUUGGACAAUGGAAUCAAAUAAUAAAAGAAAAACUGCUUAUUGUA